GUAAGCAUGGACAUUUUCGUACUUAAAUGACAACAACAACAACGUUUGAUGCAAUACGAAACUUUGGAGCGGUACUUUCGUACACUGUACGAGGUCACUAGAUUAUAUAUCAAUAUCAUCAUUAGUUGGGCUACCUAAAGUUAAAGAUUUGAAGAAAAAAAUACCUGCUGACCUUUAAAGAAUAAACUAGUAAUUCACACAAUACCAACCCUUCUGCCCUCCAAUUAUUAUUCUAAAGUUAAUUUAAAAAAGACAGGACGUAAAGACGUAGGCUGUUGCGUAAUGAUGGAGAAUUAAUUGGGAAAUGUGAUUUGGUAAACAAUAACACCAAAAAAUUACAUUGAAAGUACUGACAACAAUUGACUCGUGUGGCACAAUUGAACUGGCUAGCCGAUUUUCCACAUUUCUGUCAAAGCAGUCUAUGAGUUUGGCUUCACCUCGAUGAGCCAUUUUGCUUCAUUUCUUACUAAUACUAUACUAUAACUAUAAUUGAACCAAGCCCAAGCAGCUCAUGAAGUGCCUCUUCUCUAUUACUAAGUAAAGAGAACCGUAAUAGUAUUAGAUAUUAACUGCUAGUAAAGCUCUAGAAUUAAUUCAAAUACAGAAGUAUGAUUAUGAUAAAACAAAUAUUAAUUUUGAAUCUCCGGCAUCUGAGUACGAAAAAUGUCGACAACCACAUGUUGAAAGUUGGUGUAUCAAAUGUAUUGUCAGGGGUGUCAAGAAAAGGGGCAUUGCCCUGAACUAAAUCAUCUUCAUCAGUGACUCUACAGUCUACAGCCCAUGUAUUUUACUCCACCACAUUCUUCCAUUCAGAUCAAUCCAUGGCUUUCCACAUCCAUGUGCGAACCCCAAGCUGGUGUAAGUUCUUCUCUACAUCUUUGAUCCAUGUCAGCCCUGAACUAAAGGUGGAACUCAUUUACUGCAAGAACCAGAUGGUUAUUCAUACAAUUUUGAUAAAACUACUGAACUUGAACUGUUUACUGAUACCAUUACCAGUAGCAAUAGUACUAAUGUCAUCCACUUUCAAACAACUGAAACUUUAUAAGCAUCUGUUUAUAACAAGUCUCUGUUACCUAAACCAUGGUGAGAAGUGGACUUAACAGCAGAUAAUUUUUGAUUCAACAAAGUCACAUCUACAGUAACUCAAAGACAUAUUAUCUUAUCCUCAUUAACAGAUGACAUUUCAUAUUGGAUAUUAUAUCACUGUGCAAAGGAACACUUCUGGACUUAAAGAAAUCACUAAGUUUUUUGAAAUUUCAAGUGUGUAAUCAGAAAGGAUUACAAAAUUCAUAACCAUUCAAAUCACCAUGGGCCCACCCAAAGCUGGCUGUUAGACUAAAUAAUCAAAUGUGUUGCAAAUAGGGCCUCUAGAUAUUAUAAAAUCAAAAGUAGUCAAUACUGAAUAUAUUCGGUUGUCAACGAGAGAGCCAAAAAUAGAGCCCUAUUACUUAGAACCAGUUAAACCGAUUCAGGGGAUUAUCAACUAUGACUAACUGGUAUAGAUGUUUAUAGACAAUUGAUAACAUAGCAGUUAGAUUCAAAGUCAGGUGGAUAUAUUAAUAUUAAAACAUCUAAUUGAUGGACCAUGGGCUAUAUGGGGAACAGACUAUGAUCAUGUCUGGAUGAGCAUCUUUAGAGAUUAUACAACCUGUCAUCCUGAUAAUGAUUUUGAUUCUUUACUGGCAUCAAGAUCUUUUAUUUUAAAACCAUUGCAAAGAUUGAUGUGAAUAUUAUUAGGUUGUAUUUGUUGUAAUUUUGCUCUGAUUUUUUUAUCCUGUGGCAUGUUUUACAUGAAAGCGGGCUAUAUUUUAUAUUUCAACCAAUUUUUAUAAACCUUUGGAUAUUUUAUAGUUUAUACAAUUUAUUAUCAGUAUCAGUCUAACAGUACUAGUACCGGUAGUAAUAUUUGAAAAUUGAUAAAUUAUCAACUGGUACUGGUGAGGUUUUGCAGAUUUUCAAUAAUAUUUACUCGCAAUUUUGAAUUUUAAAAUAAAUUAUUCAAUGAAAAUUUUUUUUAAUAUAAUAUUUCUUAGUAACAAGUCUUAAAACAUUUAUGAAAACUAUAUUAUAAAUGAUAGGGAACACUUCAGGUCUAUUAUUUAUAUUAAUGUAUUCUGUCCGUUCCCUAAGACACGCACUAAAACAUGUGAAUGAUCUUUCUGCGCCCCUAAAUAAUGGAAUUCUUUCCCACUAAACAUCCGCAAUAUACACCACCCAGGCCUUCAAAACUGCACUCAAAACACAUCUCUUUAAACUCUACUUCCCCGACUGAUUAAACGAUGCUGCUAGCUGCCGCCCAUGGCGUGACAUGUAAAGGUCCUGAGGUGGGUGUUGUGAAUAUACUUUUGUUUUCUUGAUAUACAGCUGUUUAGUAUUAAAUAAAUGUAUGCUAUUCCAAUGCAAUAGGUAUUUUAAUGUCAUGAUUAUGUUUGCUACAAAAAUUAUUUACAGUGCAGGGAGCCCAGCCCUAGUCUGGGGUACCGCGCUAUAUAAGACCACUAAUAAUAAUAAUAAAGAUCCGAAAUAUGAGAAUAUGGUUUAAUUGUGUACCUAUUUAAAAUUUACUGAAAAUUUUUGCGCCGGUUCAUAAUGUGGUAAAAUGUGCGUUUAUGUCAUUUUUUUAAAAUCAAGCUUGAAGAAAAUUUGAAGAUUUAUUAUUUACUGGUAAUGAAUAUGCUGUCUGAGUAAAAAUUAUUUUGUUAAAUUGGUUGACAAAUUUUUAAAAUAAAAGUAAAGUAAUUUGAUAUUUGGCACUUAUUUCUUUCAAAUCUAUUUUUGUCUGUGCUAUGGUCAACAAAUGUUGUUUUUUUUAAUAGUCAAAAUGGACUAGUCAAAAUUGACAUCAGUCAUUUUAUUGAAUAGUACAUUCGAUUUCCUUUCCAUUGGCUUCUAUCUACUAUAUUAAUCUCAAGAUUUAGAUUUAAGUUAAACAGUGAACUUUUUUUAUGUUCUGAAAGUGCAUCGUAAAACUGUGGAAACACUCUCGGGAGCCAAAGAGUUAAUAGUAUCAACUAGACUUUACAAAUGAAACAAGACUGUCAAGUAUGUUUUUUCAAAUUUUCCAAUCAAACGACUAAUAGCUUGUGUGUGUUGCCUUGUUUAUUAUAAGUUAAAGCAUUCUAUGAUUGAAUGCUAAAAUCUGAGAAAAUCACCAGCAAUCGGUUAGAACUCAUCUUACCAACUAUUACUACUAUUAGUUAUGUUCUGAUUCCAUGGAUACAAGGCUGAUAGUAUGUAAGAUUAAAUGUAUAGCAUACCAAAUCAACAGAGCUAGCAUUACAAAAAGAUGAAUUGACUUUCCAGACAACAGAUCUUUUUUUAUCCCUGUUGUACAUUCUUUAAAAUAUGACAUUUGGAUGAAUAGACUAACAGCAUACUCGGAAAGACUAAAAAAGGUGUGUGUGUUGGGGAAGGGUCAAAUUUCAUUAUAAAACUAUAACAAACUAUGGAGCACUAUUAAUGACUGGCCGCAACAGUUAGUUGUUGCUUUUGGUCAGAUGUCUUUGUUAAUCUGUACCGGUAUAUUGUUCAUCCCCAACAACUUGUUUGCUAAAAAAACACAGUGACCAUCAUUAAAGCAGUGAAUAAGUUUUAUUGCAGCCAUCCAGCUAAUCUCAAAGUCAAAGCAAAGAAAUAGCAUGGCAAUAUGAAUACAGACCAUGAAGUUUCUGCCAAGAGAUUAAAAGCCUGAUCAUGAAAAACUUUAAUGAAUUAAGCCCAUUAAUCUAUCACAUUAAGAAUAAUUGACCGCUGAAAACAUUAGAUACCUAAAAUCUUGCUUAAUAAUUAUCCUUCUUUUAAAAAAAAUGUAAGUAUAGGUUGAUCCAGUUAACCAGCUUAUUAUAUAAUUAAUAAAAGUAUAAAGUCUCAUUUGUAUUUUGAAAAAAAUUUGCACUAUAUAUGCAACUUUAAUAUUUGAUUAUGUAAAAUUCUUCCAUAGAGGGUGUGGAAACUUAUAGUCUGGGAAUGCUCAUGGGGUUUGACAGAGGGGCGCUCAGGCUCAGUUUAUUGUCCCAAGGGGGCAUUGACCUGAAAAAGGUUUAAAACACUUGUGUAGAUAUUAUUAUAGGUCGCUAAAGAACUGCAUGUGGCUAGCUAUUUGCCAAACACCGCUUUAGGCUUUAGUAUCUGAUUAUAAAAAUAAGCCAACAGCACUACUUUCCAGGGUAAAGAACUGACUAUUGUCUAUUGAUGAGGCCAUGAUUAAUUUUGAACAAUAUUAAAUCUAUGCUAAGCCAACUUCCUGGAGAAUUAAAGUGAAGUGCAUAUGUGUUUUAGAUUCUUCCCAACGUAAGGGCAUGACACAGUAAGGCACCAUGUAAUCUUUGAAGUGGGUAGACCUUAUUCAAUCAAAGAAUUGACACAAAAUUCAUUUUCAACAAAAAAAAAAAAAAGAAAGGAUUUUUUAUUUAUCUUUGUAACAGUGAUAAAAGUAUGCUUAUGUCCAAUAAUAAAAGUAGGCCUAUGUCAUUUUUCUCCGUAUUUGGGUAUUUUACUUUCCUGUUGAUAGUUCCGUUUUAUUUUUUGUUAAUUAUUUAGUAAAAAACGUAUUAAAAGGGGUUAAAAAUAUUAAAUUCCUCACACUCAUAAUUUUACUAAUUCUAGUCUAAAGGCAAGUCAGCCCCUUAAGAGUUGAUAGUGAACAAAUAAGCAAAGGAAUUAUAUUGAUCAGUCAUGUGCCUAAAAUUGUUUCAAUCUUGAUAAUGAUAUUAUUUAUAAUUGGCAUAUAAUAUCAUGCUAGUAAUGUUGAAUACAUGACAUAAUAGCAUCACCUUGUCUUAUUUAGUUGCGGUAGCUUAUUUUAACAUGCCUGGUAAUUCAAUAAAGAACAAAAUCACAUGUCAUGAUGAUUGAUAUGAUGUGUGUCUUUUUAUGGCAUAUUUGUAUGUUGAAAAUUUUUCUAAUUGGGUGUUGUAGCUUAAUUUGCAAUAGUUGCUUUGGGAAGUGUCUUAACUUCUGGAUCCCUUGUCAGUAUUCAUUAUAUAUUUUCACUACUUUACAUUAACAUUAAAUUAAGAGGUGGGGGGGGGGGGGGGGGUUUUUUUUUUUUUUCUCCUUUUUUUAAUAUAGCAGAGUAUGUCUCACAGUAGUGAAGUAUUGUAUAGAAAAUAUUAAUACCGGUACAUUUAAUCUUAAUCUUCCUAAUGCGUGUAGUCUUUUUCGGUAAUUAAAAAACCCCCGGCGUUAAUGAAUUGAUUACCGGGAAUAACCAAAACAUUCAUAAUUAAUAAAUAGAUAAAAGAUGUUCCUUGUAAGUAUCACACGCAUACUUCAUUUGUUGUGCUGUGAAAGGAAGACUGACAGGUUAUUAUAAAAAUUGUCAAUUCCUAAUAAUAAAAAAUAAGCAAAAUAUUUAACAUGCUUGCUGUUAAGUAUCAGAAUGCAAACAAGAAUAAGAGUACAUCUGAUUUUCAAAUUUAAAAAAAACAAACUUUUUGACCUUUUGGAUGAGGCACCUUUUUUUUUUUUAAAGUUAUAAUUUUAAAAAAAAUUUAAUGUAACAACAAAACCAAAAGUAUUUUCUUAAAUGCAAAGACUUACCAGGUAUCAAUAUCACUUCAGUAUGUAGUGCAGCAUUUAUGUAUUGAUAUGUGUGCCCUUUAAAUUAAUUCAAAUAUUUUUCUCUUUUUUUUCUUCUCUUCUCACUAUAGCAGCUCCAAGAAUAAGAUCCAUUUUCUGCCUGUUUAUUAUUAUAAAUAAUUCCUUUUAUAAUCAUUAAGAUGCCGUUGGAUACAUUCAUCUGUGGUUCAUGUCAGGACACAUUUACAGACCUCAACGAUUUCAUGUUUCACAAACAAAAGAACUGCAUAUCAGGCCCUGCAGUUCCUGAAAACCAAACUAUGGGAAUCCAGUCAGGAGCAGAGAUAAUCCAGGUGCACUUGAAUGAGUCAGGGGAGAUAACCAGUAUGACAUCUGAAUCCAUGAGAGAAAGAGGUAUACACUACACACAUUCACAAUCACACAUCAUCCUCUACCUCAACUCUUCCUACCUCAUUUCAAGUAGGUAACUCCGACAUACGGUUUACACCCUCUGCUAGGAAUCUUGGUUAUAUUCUUUCUAACAACAUGUCUCUCGAUAAACACAUAUCUCACAUUUGUCGUUCAGCAUACACCACUAUCCGUCAGAUCAGCCCCAUACGCCACUACCUCACAGUUAGCGCUACAAAAACUCUAGUCUGUGCUCUUGUUCUCUCUUGUCUUGACUAUUGCAACUCUCUUCUGUCAGGUUCACCAAAACACUGCAUAGAAAAACUGCAGAAAGUUCAAAACUCAGAUGCUAGGCUAGUUUUAAAGGCAAAAAAAACGUGAUCACGUCACUCCACUACUCCAUUCCCUUCAUUGGCUACCUAUACAGGCACGCAUUGACUACAAGUUGUCUGUUCUCUGUCACAACUUUUUCUUGAAUUCCUGCCCUUCCUAUCUAACCGAACUUCUUUCUGUCUAUUCACCCCUUCGACAGCUUCGCUCCUCUGCAGACACGCGUAUUCUGUCCGUUCCCAAGACACACAUUAAAACAUAUGGUGAACAAUCUUUCUCUUUCUGCGCCCCCAAACAAUGGAAUUCUUUGCCAUUACACAUACGCAAUAUACCAACCACUCAGGCCUUCAAAACUGCACUCAAAACACAUCUUUUUAAAUUAUACUACCCUGACUGAUUCCCCUCCUCUGACCGAUAAACGAUCUUGCUGGCUGCCGUCCAUGGUUUGCCUUGUAAAAGUUAUUUGUUGGGGUGGGUGAAUAUACAUUUUUUUUUUUUUGCUGUUCUUUAUUUCAUAAAUGUAUUUUAUUUUAAUGUCAUGAUUAUGUCUCUUUUGAUAAAAUUUUUAUGUACAUCGCGGUGAGCCCAGCUAGGGCUGGCGUACUGCGCUAUAUAAGACCCCUUAUUAUUAUUAUUAUUAUUUUAAAACAUGAGUCAUAAUUUAAAUCCACCCAAAGUUUAUCUAUCUAAUCCCACUCUUUGAGACUCAUCUAUGGAGAGGUGAAGCUAGUUUUGCCCCCGGGGACAAGAUUCAUUUUAAGCACCCCCCACAUCCUAAUAACCAACUUUCAAACCCAUUAUAUUCAUCAAUAGAAUACCAUCAAAGCCCAUGUUUGCACUCUUUCAAAUUGGUCCUUGGAGGCAUCCAUCCCCUUCUGCCACACCCUACUCUUAGCAACAACACGUUAUCUAUUCUCCACCAUCAUAAUAUUGCCUUUUAAUAGCAAUUAAACCGCAUACCCAAUCACUUUAUAGCCUAAAUUGGUAGAUCCAAACAAUUGACACUGGAACACUAAAAAAAAUCUAUUAAGUGUUCAUAUGGCUUGCACAUACCCCAUCACAACUGAUCCCCAAACAAAAGGUUGGUGGAAGUCGAUGAGAAAAGUUUGAGGUUUUGGAUGUCACUCCUAUUGUAAAAGAAACAAAACAAACUGAUCCCAUUUAUUAUUUAUAUAUAAAUUGUGUGUUCUUGUUUCCCAUCUAACUGAAAUUCUGGUUAAUUUAUUUUGUUGGGGCUACAUUUAUGUUUUCUACCAUACUGUCCCACAGAAAAUAAAAUGCAUGCUGGUACACCUCUGGCUUUCCUCAAUGAUGUUAACAUGGAAUCAGAAUUGGCCAGGUCCGAUUUGGAUGAUGGUUCAAUGGGAGACAACCCUACCACACACCUCAUCAUUCUCAACAGGUAUUAAACUUAAAGAAUUAAAGAACUGCUCUCCAUUCCAUCGUCUCCCCUGUACACAAUCUGUGGCGUAGUGUGAGCUGAUUGUUAAUUUAAGCCAGGUUUGAUGGGGCCAUUCUUAGUUUUGUGGUAAAACAUGUUAGGCCAUUUGUUUGAUUUAUAUUUCUUUCUUUGAAUAUCUGGAUUAGAUUCUGUUUAUUUUGGCACUUGCCAUAAUGAUAGUUGCUAAAAGGAGUAGGUAUAAAUAAUUAAUGCCCCAUCAAAGAUAAGAUUAGAUUCUUUUAAUGAUCCAAAAAACUAAACAAAAUGGAAAUGUGUUUUCGAUUACAUUGUGGAUACUCAUUUUCUGGCGUAUGAAAUAAAAACAGACAGUUUUAGAAAAGUGCAUUAAUUAAAAGUAUUUUUCAAGCGGAAAUUAAUUAAUAAUACAGUCUGUUAUAAACUAUUAUAAACUAAUUAUGCCAUAGGUUAGUUUUAUUGAGCUAUCAAUCACCUAGUUUAGCAGGUCUCUUACAGGUAUGGGCAUGAAAACAGAAGCUACAAACAAUGGAUUGCAUCAAGAAUCAGACCAAACAUUGGAGUUAACCCAGAGCAGUGACAUUCCUUCACCUCCUAAAAGUAUGUUUUUUUCUGUUCCUAAACAAAAUCUCUUCUAGCAUUGAAAUGGUUGUUUUAUAACUUUUCGAUACUUGCUUCAAACGCACUGGCAUGCAAUAAUAUAAUACCAGUACUAAAGACUUUUACAAUAAUGUGACUAAAACACUUGCACUUUAAUACUGACUGACAAAAUAUUCUGUUUUCUCUUGUCGAGAAUCUUUGAGUAGUUCUAGCAAUGUUGUCUUAGCGAACUCUCUCGAUUAUACGCCUUAUAUUUACACACUUGUUUAUAAUGCUUUUUCUGUCAUCUGAUGUCCAUUUAGCCACAAUAAUACAACUCAUGACACAACUCAAGGACAAUUCUCAUACCCUUGACAUUAGCCUAAAAGUUCUGUUCAUCAUUACUGGUUAUAUAUUUAAGUGAAGGUUAUGAAACUUAGUGAGCUUCAUUAGUCUUCAGCGAGUAAUAUUUAACAUCGACAAACAUGAUUUAUGAUGCAGAAUAACUGAAGUCUCUUACUCUUGACUCACUCUCAGAAAGACGUCCAGGGCGUGCCAAGGCAGGAGAGAGCAAAAGUAAAAUUAUCGAGGCUGUGCCACCCACAGCUCCGAGACCAACAGUUCCAGAAACAAGUAUGAGAUUUUCUAUUUUUGAAUAUGCUGUAAGCUUGCUUUAGUGGGGGAUUUUUUACAUCAUGAUUUUUUUUUCAUGGAAAUUAUUAAUUACUCUGAGCUACAAUUUGUGAUAUCAUACAAUAUUUAUUUGAAGCUAUGUUAAAUCAUUUUUCAUAUUUAGUAUUGUUUUGGUGUUGUUGUUUUUUUUGUUUCUUUGACAAAUCUUUUUGUAUCUCUCUUCAUUUUAUUAUUUUCAUUAUAGAUCCUGAUGGCAGGCUUGGUUGUCCUCAAUGUAAAAGAACAUUCACCAAAGAACGUCACUUCAACACACACAAGUGCCUUGCUUCCUCCUCAUAUGUUGAUAUCACAAAGAAAGAAAUAGUGAAAAUUGAUUCUGGUAACCAUGUCAUACUGUUGACACCUUCAUCUAAUUAAAGUUUUUACAAUUUUAUCUAUUCACCUGGUAUGUAGAAUUGUUGCUCAAAUUAGUUAAUGAAGAAUUGAAAGUCUCAAUGGUCAUUCAAAGUAAGCCAAUGAUAUUGUAAAGGAUGACUCCCUCACAAAGUAGCACUUGCAAUCAGUGAAAUAUCCUCAUCAACACCAGACACAGAAACAUUGCAAAUCCCCUCUACAUGCAUAGGAGCCAAUAAAUAGAUCGUGGGCUCUUAAUAUAUAGAAGAAGAAGGAUAUUUAUACAAAACUAUACUAACAUGAUUUUGUCACAAAAUUUUUGCCCACUUCUUAAUUCAAAUUCAUUGGGUGUGAAGAUUUGAGUUUUGUUUGUAAUCACUCAUUAGCGUCUCAUGACUCUCUCCGUAAUCAACCCCCGAACUCUCCCUUAGCCUUUUAUCUACCAAAUUUUAGUUUAUUUUCAGUUAAUCUUUAUAUUUGAAUUUGGGGAGAAACAAGAGGAAAGAAUGUCAAGCUAUAAUUUGGGGAUAAUAACAGUGAAGUCAUUUUAGAAAAGAAGUUAUCGAUUUUAAUCCUCUCUAAUAAAAAAAAUAAACACUUCAAAAGUUAUAAUUUAAAAAAAAAAACAUAUUUCUUUUAAUGCUUUAUUUCUUCAAAUCAAUGUCAAGAAAUAAUUAUGUUUUAAGCAUUUUGUUCUGACUUAAAUUACUAAUACUAAUAUCCUUUUAAUUUUAUCAAGAUGAAGAAGAUGAUUGGAGUGACCAUGAACUUGAUGCCGGAGCCAGGGAUGAUGAAGGAGAUGACUUUACCGGUCCAAUGGAUGAAGAUCAAGAUUUAGAGAAAGAAGAUGAAGAAGAUGAAAAACAGAUGGAUAAAGAGGAAGGCACAGAUCAUGAGAAAGGCUCAUGGAAAAACAAAAAACGAAAGAAAAGAAAAAGAUCAAGCUACAAGGUAAUCAAAAAUGUUUCACUAAAUAUCAGGGUAUCUGGAUUUGACUCUGUUGUAUCUGUAGCUGAAUAUUUUAUAGAUAUCUAGUAGAUGUAUAAUCUAAAUUUAUCAAGCAAAAUAUUUGAAUAGGAAGCAGGAAAACGAUAUCUGCAUUUCUAACAAUUACUUGUUAAGAUCUAUAUCUGUAGCACAUCUGUGAUUAGAGAAUAAUUCCCAGGUCUUCAAAUUUAACAAUUUUUAAAAGCUGGCAGUUUAAGCAGAAGUUAUAUAUAUUUUCUUCUGCUGGUUUUAAAAUAGAAUAGAUCAAUUACUUUUUUUAAAAUUCUAUGCCAGCGUGCUUCUUACUCAGUUGGUUAAGAGUAAUUUUUUUUACUAAUUCCUAACUUCAAUUUUAGUUUGACAUCGAUGUUCAUGAAGAGAGUUCAGGUGCAAAGCAGAUGAAAGUAGCAGCGGAGGCCAUGGAGAAUGUGCCCAUAUUUAAAAAUGAAGAUGAAAAAUUAGCAUUUGAAUCCUGUAUUGAUGUUGAUUUGUCUCAGGUAUUAUAUUAUUACGUCAUAUUGAUUUUUUUUUCUUUUUUCAAACUUGGCCAUAAUUAGGGAUUAACACAAACCUCUCUGAGUAAUAAACAAAAAUAAUAAUUAUUACUCUGUCUAUACAUUGAAUGUUAUAUUUGGAAUAAAGUGUAAAUUUUAUGUGAUGCAGAUAUACAAAAGUGGUGUGUUAACUUUAUUUUUAUUUGUCAUCCUGGUGCAGGUAGACAACAUGUUCAAAAUUCACAUUAUUGAGCAGGAGCUUAAUGAUAAGACAGGCACUGUAUAUAACACACCUACCAUGUCUGCAUUAUCCGUCUACUCGUGCAAUAUCUGUGAUAAAAUCUUCAAAUCACUGUCUCACAUCCGACUGCACUGUAUCACACACACAGACAUUAAGCCCUUCAAGUGCAACAAAUGCAAAUAUGCAACAAACUCAAAAGGUCAGCUGUACUUCAUUAUCUGUCACUUCGAGCAUUUUAGCUGUACAGCUGAUAUUAUUUUAAUUUACAGAGUCUCAAGAAAUUAUAAUUCUUUCAACUGUUUUUAUUUAAAAUGUAGGCCUAUUUGAAGCUACAACAAAAGAAUUAUAUAUCAAAAAGAAACUAAAGGAAAGUACAGUCAAGUUAUGCCUGAGUUUGAAAAUAAGGAGUCAGCUUAUGUGAGAAAUGAUUUUAAACACAUUGUAUCAAACAUGUUUGAUGUCAUAAAAACAAUAAGAAUAUCUGUGAGAUUUGUGAAAUUAAUUACAAUUAUAAGAUUGCAUCAUUGAUUUCUACAGGUAAUCUGUACACACACAUGAGAAAACACACUGGACAGUUCUACCGCUGUGAUCACUGUGAAUUCAAGACAGUCAACAAGAGUCACCUGGUGGAACAUCAGAUGACCCAUGACAACAGGAGAUCUCAGUGCAUCCUCUGCCACAAGGACUACUCAACACUCAAAUCCCUCAUCAACCACAUCCGCAAGUAUCAUACAGACAAGAAAGGCAAGGAGUAUCUACAGACAUUUUUACAGGUGAGCUUAGAGGAAAGGAAUAAUGCCCUCCUAGUCAAUUUUGAAGUGGAGUUUAUUACUAGAUUUAAUAAAUGAUCAUAUCAGUUGAUUUUGACAGAUCUUACUUUUCAUGAACAAUAAUUUCUUAAACAGCUCUCUGUGAGAUAGUUGGUUAUGUGCUUUUCAGCUCAGUUUAAGUUAUAAACAAUCUUUUUAAAAAAAAUUUAUUACUGUUUCAAAUAUGUUGAGUAUUGCAUAAAUGUUCAGACUGUAUUUUAAAUAUUUGUUUAAAGGGUAGAGGAGUGAAAGGGGCCACAGUAAUUCAUCAGUGCCACAUCUGCAAUCGUAAGUUCAAGAAACGAUUGGACAGAGACAGGCACCUCUUUAUCCAUGAUAUUAAAGACCUACCCAAUGUGCAGCAGGUAGGAAACAUUUUUCUGCAUGGAAUCUUUCUCUGGGGAAUAUUUAUCAUAAUUAUCCUGAUAUGGCAUAUUUGGCUGAUUAAAAUUGAAAUUUUCAGAAUAAGUUGGCUUUUGUCUUGGUUUUUUUUGUACAUUAGCGUUUUUAGCAAUUUUUAUCUUAAUUGUUCAUACGCAAUCACUCGCACAGAAAUUAUUGAGUUCAGCACAGUAACAGUCACAUCAUUUUUAAAAUGUUUGAAGAAAAAAAUAAAAAAGGAGUUACUCUGUACUAUUCUGUUGUUUUUUGUUGUCACAGUGUGAACUGUGUGACUAUUGGGCAAGUCGCCGGGUCUAUUUAGACAAGCAUUACUUGAAACAUCGAGUCAUUUAUUGUUGUGCCGUCUGUGACCAAAAGGUAAACAUUCACAACCCAAAGCUUUAUUAUUUUCUAAACUUGUGUCCCAAACCAACAUUGUCACCAAAUUAAUAUAAUAUAUUAAUAUUAAAUUAUUUAUAACAAAUUUCACAUAAUUUGAUAAAAAAAUUAUGCAUGAUUUUCCUAAGUAAAAAAACCCAUCUUAAAUAACAUGUUGAAAAUUUUUGUCUCAAGUUUCUGAGCACAACAAGACUAUCAGAACAUUUAACCACCAUGCAUAUUGAAAUUGGAGACACUGGCUUGUUUAGUGCUGAUAAUUUGAUGGAAGCGUGCAUCAGUCGGUGAGAUCAUAUCUCUAGAUAUUUGUGGUCAAUCAUUGUAUAAUACACAUUAUAGAUUUAAAAAUGUAUUUUGAGUUUAAUUAAAAAAUGUAUUUUUAGUUUAAUUAAAAAAAUGUAUUUUUAGUUUAAUUAUUCAAGACUGUUGGGAUGGGAAAAGUUUACAGUGCUACUACACAAACUAUAUACAUAUNUAUAUAUAUAUAUAUAUAUAUAUAUAUAUAUUAGAAUGAUCUGAAGAUUUGUUUACUGUGUUCUAUAAUUUUGUUCUUAUUGACAGUUCACUCUACCUCCCUGAGCCUCUUGGCACUACCAGUGAGGGAAGCAAGUAUGUCAACCUACCAGAAGAGCUCAGAGAAAACAAUCAAAACACACCCACAGAAACUGAACAAACUGCCUCUUACACACAGCCAACAGAUGAAGGGAACGGCCAGUCACAGGUCGCCAGUCCUAACACAGCUACAGAUGACCAGUCCAAUGAUUACGUCACAGAGUACAGACAGUUCAUUAUUGCGCCAACAAAUGACGGCAUUCUCAGCUCUCAGGUCGUCAAAGUGGCUUUGUCUGAUGAUGGUGUGACACAGCUGGAGGUCAACCCAACUUCAGAUGACAUGAUCCACUCAUUUCAUUCCACAGGGGACGGGGAAGACAGUGUCAUCGGGUUUGACAGGGACAAGUCGAAGUCAGACCAGCAGUCCAACUCACCGUCACAACUCAUCAAGCUGGAAACCAUCUCUCACUCCCCGUCACUGCUCAUGUUACAAAACCCAGGUUCAGACUCAGAUGGAGAUGACACAUUGGGUGUCAACAACAAGGAGAACACAAUAGAAAAUGACAGUGUUCCGAUGGAUGAGGGAAGUGGGGACAUGGACGGCAGCCAGAUGGAAACCAUGAAUGAUGCAGUUGGGGAUGAAGAGAAGAGGGGUAAGUGCCCUGAUUAAUCUUGUCAAGGAGUGGCCAUCAGUGACAUUCUGUGGUAAGAGUCCUAUUUAAAUAACCAUGCCAUGCAGACCAUCUGGUGCAGCAUUGGGGUUUAAAAAAUACAGAGGUGAAAAAUUGUAAAAAAAAAAACAAAACAAAAACUAAAAGUUCAAGAUAAACUCUGCUUUGAGUCAUUUAGGAGUAUUUCUAUAAAAGCAAAUUUUCUUUGAAGUCCUCCAUUCUUUAGUUGGUACAGGUACUAUUUUGUUUCACCAAAACUUCAAUAGAAAAAUGAAAAAAAGUUUUUACAAAAUUCAUUGUGUUAUAUUAAUAUGAAUGGCAUUAAACACCUGACUGACAUCAAAUGCAUUCAUUUUCCUGUUUCUGUUGGCCUAUUUAUGUACAAUAUUCAUAUAUUCAAACAGAUUUUCUUAGUUCAUUUUUAUAAAUGAAUGCCUGCACCCAUUUACUUUGUUAUUCAUAAGGUAACAAUGAAUUAAAAGAAAAAGAGGAAGUUGAGGAUACCCCUGUGUCAAAUGUAAAGGUCACUGUCACUAAGGAAGAGAAGAUUAAGGCGCUCAUCAAAAGGCUUGGCUACAGAGAAAUGUCUAUGCAAAUUUUCAAUAAAAUGAGAGAAACUUUUGGUACUGAGGAAUGUGAAUACUGUGGUCGGCUAUUUUAUAGUAAAGUUGACUAUGAACCUCAUCUCCGUACGCACACUGGUAAGUUCAAGGCAAUAUCUUUUUCCUUGACAAUAACUUCAUUAUCUUAUUAUACCCCCAAAUUUCUUAUCCUCAUACACCAUUUAAUAUUUCUUCACUUUCUUAAAACACCUUGCAUACAUUUUUUGUUUUUCAAAUAUUUUUUCUAUGUUUAUUUGUAUAAUCUGUGAUUUUCAUUUUUUUCCUAAAGGGGACAAACCGUUUUCCUGUGAUCAUUGUAGCUUCCGGGCCACCACAAAGGACCAGUUAAAGAAGCACACUGAGAGAGAACAUGACAUUACUUUUCAGUGCAGAGAGUGUGACUUCCUGGCCCCCAGCCGCACAAGACUUUGGAACCAUCAACUAAAACAUCUGGGCAUUAGUGGACUUGCUUGUCCAUCCUGUCCUGAAAAAUUUGAUGGGUAAUUGACACUACUUUCAAUUAGUGCACUUUUUUUAUUUGUUGAAGGGAAAUGUACUUGAUUGAAAUUAUUUGGUUAAUGUUUAAAGUUUUCAGUUACCAGAAAUUUGAUCUAAAUAAAUUUUGACAGAAAAUUUAUUGACGGAAAUUUGAUAGAAUGGAAAUUUGGUUGAAUCUUUUUUUCAGUUCACACAUUAAAAUUUUCGUCAAAUUUCUUUUUUACUGCACUAUACUAUAUAGUAAAACAAAAUAAUGCGUUCAAAAAGAAAUUUGAAGCAAAAUUUUAACGUGUGAACUGAAAAAAAGAUUAGACCUAAUUUCCGUUCUCCCAAAUUUCCAUUGAUCAAUUUGACGAAAUUUCUUUUGAUCAAAUUUCCGUCCGCGAAAUUUCUUUUGAUCAAAUUUCCAGCUACAAAAUUUUUCAUAAAUGAUGAGGAUCUUAAUUUUUUUGUACAUAUAAAUUACUUUCUUCUACGUCUUAGAGUCAAAUUUUAAAAUCACUGAAAAAUUAAACCAUUUAUAAAAGAAAUUUGUAUCAAAUUUUGAUUACUUAAAGAACCAUCUCAAAGCAUGUCACAAAUCAAUGGGGCUUCCAUAUUAUUAUUAUUAUAACAUUGGUCUUAUAUAAUUCGUUGUGGUUUCAGAUUUGUCUUGGGUUAACUUACAGCUAGGAUGAAUGGGGCCGUUUUAGGAAAGCGUUAGAACCUUACAAGAAGGUUUGAGGAGAGAAGGGGGGGGGGGGGGGGGUGGGGGUGGCAGCAGAAUUAUUUCAAAGACAGCAGCCAACUUUUGGUCUCAAAUGGGUGGGGAUAAAUUGACACUUAAUGUUUGAGAGGGUGUAUGAUGUUUGUUAGACAGGGUGUGUAUUUUUUUAGAGGGUGUGUGAUGUUUGAAAGGUUGUGUAAUAUUAGAGAGGGUGUCUGAUUUUAGAGAGGGUGUGUGAUGUUAUAGAGGGUGUGUGCUGAAUUCAAAUGAUGUCAUGCCAUGAAACUUUCUCAAACUUAAUUUCCUUUUAGCAAAUUUAAUUUUUUUAAAUUUCUAUUUUCAUAUGCAGGAUGAAACAACUUAGAGCACAUAUACUCAACACACACAAAGACAUGGACAGGGAAGCUCUGGAGAAACUAACAGGCUAUAGGCAUAAACCACUCGGGAAGAUGGGUAGGUCCUUAUCAGAGGUUUAGUGUCAACUGUGAUUUAUUCUCUAUCAUUAUAUCUGUAAUCACAUACUCACUUUUGAGUACACUUAUAUUUACAAUUUACCUUGCAGAUGUAGUUAGAAAAAAAAAAUCAUUUGAACUUAAGUCUGACUUAUAUAAACAAAUUUUUGUAUUUAAGAAUUCUUUAAAAAAUAGUUAAUGCACAUACCAAUGUUUGAGGUACAGGAAUUUUAAAAUGCAUUCCAUUUAAGGAGUUGUCAGGCAUCUUCAAAUUUCAACUGCUUGUGCUCAAAAUAUUCUUGAUGAAAUAUAUUUCAAAUUUAAGAUGGCCUGCAUUAUGUAUAACAUCUCCAAUUUUGCAUAUCUUGCCUCAGGUCGCAGGUCCUUCAAAUGCCCGCACUGUCCCCGUGUAUUUAUUCGAGCCAACUCAGAGCUACAGAAACACAUCUGGAUACAUGAGGGAAUCAAACCCUUUACCUGUCCUAUAUGUCCCUACGCCUGUCGAUCUAAAAAUAACCUCCAGGUAAAAUCAAUUAACAGUGACAAACGAUUUUUGUAAUAUUGUUUUUUUUUCAAACUUUUUUGUUUUCAUCUGAUCAGUUGUUCCAACUACAUGCUUUAACUUGCAUACACCAAAGAUAGUUUUAUUUUUCACUCUGGUCAUUUAGUAUCAUGCUGUAAAAUCUAGGUCUGCCUCAGUUAAUGUUUUCUCAGAUUUUUCUUCAUUUGAUUCAGCCAUCAAAGAUGAACCAGCCAGACACAUGUUACAAAAGGUGAUGGUGUAAUGAAUCUUACUUCUCACUUUCAGGCCCACAUGUUACGGCACUCAACAGAAAAGCCAUUUGCGUGUUCUGAAUGUGGGAAGGAGUACAAGUCUAAAACAGCACUGAGAUGGCAUGUUAGAUCUCACAAGUCAGGCAAACUCUUCAAAUGUGACAAGUAAGUUUUUUUGCUCCUAAAUUUGACUAAUAUUUUCUUGGCUUUCGUUCUUCUAUCAUUCUGAUACUGGCAUUUGUUAAGUUUUAUGCAACUGUUAGCAAUUGUUCUAUUCUGAGGUUGCUGCAUUGCUAUUACGGUUUCUAUUUCUUGAACUAAUUAUCGGUUUGAGCUGAAGUAUCAGAUUAAUUAAUUAUGUUAUCUAUUGCCAAUAAGUGUUUGGAAGAAGUUAUUUCUUAAUUUAGUAGUGGUUUCCAUAUAUUAAUGAAGUUGAUUUCUGAAUAAAGUUAUUGAAAGUGGUGGUGUGGCUUGUAGUUCUGAUCAAAGCAACUUUUUUCCCUAUCUUAAAUUAUUUUAUUUUUUAAAGUUUUUUCUAAAAUUUAAAGUAAGCUUUGCAAAAAAUUUCAAAAUACAUUAUCAUAUAAUGUGGUAACACUAAAAUUACCAGGUAAUUCAAGCAUAAAUAAAUAAAUAAUUUUUUUCUAAUGCGCUUUUAGAUGCCCUUAUGAAGCAACACAAAGCAGCCACUUGAAGAGGCAUAUGGAAAUUCAUGACGUCUUAAAGCGGUUUAUCUGCAAGCAUUGUGAUUUUUCUGCCAAUACUUUGGGCUACAUGAAAAUUCAUUACGCUAAGAAUCAUAAGGUAUUAUUAUUAGGUGGCUUACUAGCUAAAGGGAUAUUAAAAAUCUGCAAUAUUAUGUUAAAACAGUUUUGAAAUUCUCACAAGAAACCUGAGCUGCCAAACAUUUUCUCACCUUGGAGUUACAAAACUUUGGUCAAUAGUCAUUGACGUCUAGUCUAGAGUACAUUUUGAGCACUUUCAUUCUUACCAAGGUUAAGAAAUGCUUUGACACUUCAAUUAUAACUUGUAUAAUGUUCAUUUGUGAUUAUAUGCAAUGUUCCAUUAACAGCUUCAAUGUAGAUCAGAAUAAUGUCUAAUCAUGUGCAGAGAGAUAUGGUGAUGUCAAGUAUCACAUAUGGAGUAAUGCAUUAUUAUACUUGUGAAUGAAAGAGAUAUGGUGCUUAAAAUAUGAUACAGCACAGCAUAGUAGUGAAUGGGAAGGAUAAAUCAAGCAACUGUUUAGUGCUUCAUUCCAUUCAACAGAACAACAAAAAUGUGCUUACAAAAAAUGUUAAGAAUUAACUAUAACUUAAAAAACUAAACCAGUUCACUCACUUAUCCUAUAUUUAAUUAAAAAGGGACUGAAAUAUGAUAGACAGACCUUUUUUUAAAAAUAAUAAUUUUUAUUAUGCAAUUUAGAAAACAAAGAAUAGUCGAGUGCUGGUAAAAUAUUCUAAAAAUUCAAUUAAUUAGUUCAUUUCUUAGUAUAUGAUUAGGAGAUUCUAAAAUGGCUCUCAUUGCUAUAAUAAUUUAUUUUAAAAAUCCAUUUGAUUAGAAUUUUCCCCCCCCCCCCCCCCCCCCGAGGCACUAAUAUUAUUAUUGAUUUUGAAAUAUGCUUUAGACCCCAUUUCAAUGUAAAAAUUAUUUGAAGCACCAAUCAGGGCUGAAAAUCUUUGAUUUAGGGCCAGGCUUUUGUCCAUGAUGAAGUUGUAGAUCCUGCAGCCAUGUCCCCAGAGAAAAGAGUAUACAAGUGCCUUAGCUGUGGCUAUCUCUUUGGCAACAUGUCAGACCUGAAGCGCCACCUCAAGAUUAGACAUCAUAUACAAAUGCAGAAUUUUGGUUCAGAUCAAAUGACAGAAGUUGAGGUGAUUAGAUCUUUAUUUUAUAUUACUUGUCUGAAUGGUAAAAACCGUUAACCUCUGUAUUAUUUUGGUCCUCUCAGAGCUCAGCAACGUUUUUUCACUCAUGGAAUACCUAAGACCUUUCUGAGAAUUCUGCAGUACCCCACAAAUAAAAACACCCAAAAAUAUACUAAAUAACAUAAUAUCGUUAAUGUUCAUUUUGGUAUGUAAUGCUUUAGGUUGUAAUAUUACAGUGCACUGCUCCAUAUUAACUGUCUGUAUUGGACACAUUUCUGUUAUGCAGAGUUUGACAGCUUUGGUGGCAUCAUGGUUUUAUGUUCCUCCAUAUACUUUGUACUUUGUGCUUUUCCUCCUCUUGGAUUUAUUUUAUGCCGAACACCUGGCGUUAUCUCUCCCGUCACAUUAGUAGUGCUGCACCGGUUUUGGAGCCAUGAAGAAGAAAAAGUCUUCUUAUCAAAGGGUUUUGCUGAUAAAAAAAAUUGUUUUUUUAAAGCAAAUCUCCAUUAUCCUCAUGCUAUUAUAAAAAAUGUAUUUAAGCUUUCCUUCAGUCCAAUCUUCUUUCUAUUGAUAACUAAGAACUAAAUAGUGUACAGUAUUGACAUUUAGAGUGUUAUUCUUACAUCAGGUGCUUCAGAUUGAAAAUGGUGGAGCAGGCUCUGAAACAGUUCUAGUCAGUAAAACUCACCAAGUAGAUGACGAAGAAAUCGUAGCAGGUGAGCAAAGGAAUCAAUGGCCAAAACUAGUCCAUACAGAUAUUUUUAAGUUUAAAAGGUCAUAAUUUUUUUUUGCACCUUAAAUUUGUUCGUGGUUUAUAUUGAUGAAUGAGCACAAAUAUUUGCUUAAUGUUUCUUCAUUUACUAAGGAGAACUUCAGCUUCAAGUACCGAACACAGAUGGCAGCAUGUCAAUCUCUGCUAAUUUACUGCAACAACUCAUUGGCAUGUCCCAGGUGGGGAAAGCAAAUUUUAGUGUUUAAAAAAAAAAUUUAUUUAGAGACUUUUUUAGUUCAAUAAUCUUUUUGUUUGCUUAGGAAUGUUAAAAUAUUGUACUUGUUAUUGAUGUGGUAGGAUGAAAACAUCUAAAUUUGGCAAGCUGAUCUAUUCACUAAUAUGAGUAUCUGUUUGAUCAUGUCGGUUUCAGGGAGGUGAGAGUCAGUUGAGAGUUGUCAAUGAGGAUGGAGAGCCACUGAACAUAAGUUUUCAACAUGAUGGUCAAAUGUUAGUGACCAGUGAUGCAAAUGAGAUGCUGCCAGGCAACCAGUAUGUGAUACAUUACUACAACCCUGGAGAAAUGGUCAGUGGUACAUGAGAUUCAUUGACAUUAGUGUGGUGAUAUAAUACAGAGGGCAGGGGUCAAACACUGAGGGGAAGGAUCAUGCAUUGAGGGAAUAAUCAUUUACACGAGGGGAAUGGUUAAACACUGAGGGAAAUAACAUACACACUGGAAUGGUCAUACACUGGAGAAUAAUUAUAUACACAGGGGAAUGGUCAUACAUUGAAGGGAAUAAUCAUACACAUGAAUGGUCAGCAAUUAGGGAAAUAAUAAUACACAAAGGGGAAUGGUCAAACACUGAAGGGAAUAAUCAUACGCUGAGGGGCAGGUCCCUCAGAUGUUUUUAAGAGAAAUCGGAGAAAUCUGAUAUUAACAAAAUAUGUCUUCCAUAGUUAUCAUUGUAAAUUUUUAAAAUUCCAACUAUAACUAUCAGAGAAAUCUGAUAUUAACAAAAUGUGUCUUCCAAAGUUAUCAUUGUAAAUUUUUAAAAUUCCAACUAUAACUAUGAAUUACUCUUUGUCAUGUAUCGGUAUAUGUAAUAAAAAAUGUGCAUACUAAAUAAAUAUCAACUAACAAGUUGAUUUUUUUCCUCAGCAGUCACCAGGCACUGCAGCCAGUGAGAGCACCUCCAACACAAGCAUCCAGCUGGUAGCCGCAGGCACACAUGACCAGUCUCAGUUGUCUGCAUCAGAAGAGCCAGGUGAGGCUCACCAGUACAUCAUCACAACAGCUGACCACCUCUUGACAGCAGAAGGUCAGAUCUUGGCCACAGAUGGACAGGCUCAUUUUACAGGCCAGGAGGCUGACUCUGGUCAGCUUAUCACUAUUGACAAUAAUGGUCAUAUUCUCACAGCUAGGAAUGAGACUGGUCAGUUUGUUGGGUCUGACUUAGACAGUUAUAACUGUCAGAUGAUUGUUGCCAGCCAGAGUGGACAGGCCCAAAAUUUGAUGACUGGAGAAAAUUCAUGUGAAGGGGGACAAGACCAGCUGUCAAGUGUAGCAAUAGCAGAUCAUUCAGUCAAUUGACCUGAUAAUCAGCAUGUUGCUUGAAGGGUCUUCCUAAAUAUAUAAAUAACCCAAUUAAGUUUUGGCCUCGCUGCAAAGAGAAAAAAACAAUUUGAACUAAUACUUCAUCAGGAAGUCAGGAUUCACAGCAGUCAUUUGAAUGCACUAUUCACUUCAGUAAAUGAAUGUGGCUAUUUACUGAGGUACUGCCAAGAAAUGGGUAAGACAUGGUGAGACACCAGGGCACCAACUGGUAGAGGAUAAUCUUGAUGGCAGAAUUAGGUUUGAUCUAAAGUGGAAGUGGACUGUAUUCCUGUUUCAAGCUCCUGAAACUGUUUCUUUUUGAGUGAUGUGUAGACAGUGCUGUAUUUAUCACAUUCUUUUUGCGAAAGUCAUUAUAAUUUAUUAUAAGUUGGCGACUACCCAGUGCCUACAAGCAGAUGUUAAAUAGAACUUUGUAUAAUUCAUUUUGAAUGCAUAUUUUUGAUAAUGCUCAAAUAAAAAUGCUCUUGUUAACCAC